AUGCCUUCCUCCCAGCAAGCAGACACUGAGAGGCCACGGAAAGUAGCCAUGCUUGCAGAACUAAUCCAAGAACCAAGGAACGAAAAAAGAAUCGGCCCACUGGUGACUAUGCUUCUAGCCAGGAACGUUGAUACUCACUCUAAGGAACUCAUUGGAUUGGGAGAUGAGUUGAAGAAGACGAGGGAUAAUGAGCUUCAGCAUCAUGAGCGUAUUGCAGAACGAAUACUUGGUAUUGAACACGAUGCAGCGAGCCUACGACAGCUUGUCGAAGCCAAAAACCUUGAGCCAUCAGAUACUAAAGCUAUUCUCCAACAAUUGAGCAGCUUGUUGACAGAGACCAUCAAGGAGAACAGGCAGAACGAUGAGAUUUAUCAAAUCGUCAGAGAGCUGGUAACAGGGCAGCAACAAACUACCAGCGAGAUAAGAGAGGCUCUGAAAAAGCAAGAACAGCUUUUGGGCAAUCUGAGUUAUAAUAUCGCUGAACUCAAAGGCGGGCUCGAAGGUGUAUCGUUCGACACGGAACGCAUUCGAGGGUCUAUUGUGAAACUAGAAGAGACCAUCCAAAAACGUUCUAAGAUCGUCAAUCUGUCUUUAGCAGCCACGGCAAACCAGCUAGAUACUACGGAGCAACUAGAUAUCCUCGAGGAAAUUGUAGGGGAAAGCCUUACUGGGAGAAACAUGAAGCAAUCUGCUAUCAGUAAGGAUUGCGCCCCAGGCCCUUUUCUCAUUGGUACAAGUGACAGCUCAGACCAACUAGAACGCCAGCCUAUUAGCCUCAAGGAUUGGCCUGCAACUACAGAGUUCCUCGCGAUCUAUGAAGAGAAGAUAGCAAGUUACAAGUCUAAACAGCCUGAUAACGAGACGGAGUUCAUUAAAGAUUUCUUGAGCGCGAUAAAUGUUCAUGCUAGCUGCCUUUUGCAACGUCAUUUCCUAAAGAAACGCCCGGAGCAAGUGAAGUUGAGUGCCUUGGGCGCCGCCGACCAACGUUCCCCGGCCAUUUUCAUUGAAUUGAGUGGGGUUGCAUGGAAGGACAUCAGGCGAAUGAUAGGAAGUUUGAAUCUGAAACUGGUACAGACGGCCGUAGAUAAGAAGAUCUCCGGAUCGCAAUCUCGACACCGAGGGUCGCUUGUGCCUCCACGGUAG